GUUCGGCCCUUCUCUUCCUCCUCAUUUCUCUCCAUUACACAGCCUUUUUUGAAAGACCAGCAUGUCCUACUCUUACCUUUUCAAGUACAUCAUCAUUGGCGAUACAGGUGUGGGGAAAUCCUGUCUACUCCUUCAGUUCACUGACAAGAGGUUUCAACCAGUACACGACCUCACUAUUGGGGUGGAGUUUGGAGCCAGAAUGAUUAACAUUGAUGGGAAGCAGAUAAAGCUUCAAAUAUGGGAUACAGCUGGACAGGAGUCGUUUCGUUCCAUUACAAGGUCCUAUUACAGAGGAGCAGCAGGAGCAUUACUAGUGUAUGAUAUUACCAGACGAGAGACAUUUGAACACCUCACCUCGUGGCUGGAUGAUGCCAGACAGCACUCGAGCUCUAACAUGGUCAUAAUGUUGAUUGGAAACAAAAGUGAUCUUGAUGCUAAAAGAGACGUAAAGUUUGAAGAAGGUCUUGCAUUUGCUCAAGAGCACGGACUUGUAUUUAUGGAAACGUCAGCAAAGACUGCAGCUAAUGUUGAAGAGGCGUUCAUAAACACAGCAAAGGAAGUUUAUAAGAAGAUACAAGAUGGAGUUUUUGAUAUAACAAAUGAAGCUAAUGGUAUAAAGCUUGGUCCCCAGCAUCAAGGAGGAGGAGGGGGAGGUCAGAGAGCAGCAUCAGCUGAUCCUAAUAAAGCUCAGGGAGGAGGCGGAGGCUGUUGCUAAGGACAACCAGUUCAUUAAUAUUAUUAUUAUUAUUAUUAUUAUUAUUAUUAUUAUUAUUAUUAUUAUUAUUAUUAUUAUUGAUGUUGUCAAAUAAAUAACAACCUUUAUUAUUAUUAUUAUUGUUAUUACUAUUAUUAUUUUGUGGUAAUAUCAUUUAUUACCAUUAUUAUUAUUAUUAUUAAUGCUAAAUAUAAUUGUGUUUUACAAACACUUGCACGUUAU